UGCUGAGACAGGUGCCUUGGAGGGAAGGGAAGUGAAUAGAAAUGAGAGGGAACACAGGAUCUUUGCAGCAGACAUACAUACAUUGUAGCCUUUGCAACUGCAUUUCCCCCAUUCUUCUUUGCUACUUUUUCCGUGCAGGACUAUAGGGCCUUUUUGGUGGGUUGCUUGCAUCCUGUAAUGUAAAACACAUGAGCAUAAUAUCUUUGGCCUGUGUGGAGGUGAUGUUGUUGCCUGUGGUCUGGAAAUGUCGUCCAUCAAGAGGAAACUGAAACCCAGCACUUCAGCUUUUAAGGUCCAGCAUUUUAAGAAUCACUUUGCAUGGGAACGUUUUACUGGCGUAAGGACUUGCAUACUGAUGCAAUGCUAAACAGACCAAGUGCUCAUGAAACAAGCUAACAGGUCUGUUUUUAGACUGGCUGCAGGGAUAUUUAUUUGCAGCAAUGAGAUAUAUCCGAACUGGGCAUGCAGCUGACCUUAAAACAACAACAACAACAACAACAACAACAACUGUAAUGCUUAAAAGAACAACUGAUAAUUUCAGUCUGAGAUUCUGAUUGGUUUGUGAAAUUCUAUGACAACUGGACAGAAUGCAUCUUCAUGUUCCUGUUACAAGUUUAUGAAGAACAGAUGGGUGAAAGGCACAAAAUAAAAUCAACUGCCAAUUAGAGAAGCCCCAACAGAAAACUCUGGAUUAAGAAGAUUCUGGCUCAAGCUACAUAUUUUUUCUUCCUUUUUCUUUUUCUGACUUUACUACAUCAUCGCAGUGAGCAGGGUAAAAGAGAACAGGACCCACAUGUUAGUGGUCUAGGAUGGCCAGUGAAGGCUCCAACAUCCCAAGCCCUGUGGUGCGUCAGAUUGACAAACAGUUUCUGAUCUGCAGCAUAUGCCUGGACCGCUAUAAGAAUCCCAAAGUACUCCCCUGUCUGCACACUUUCUGUGAGAGGUGUCUGCAGAAUUACAUUCCAGCCCACAGCUUGACCCUCUCUUGCCCAGUGUGCCGACAGACAUCCAUCCUGCCAGAGAAAGGGGUUUCUGCUCUUCAGAACAACUUCUUCAUCACCAACCUGAUGGAUGUCCUGCAGCGAACUCCAGAUAAUAGCAUUGAGGAGUCUUCCAUCUUGGAGACUGUCACAGCUGUUGCUGCAGGGAAACCACUCUCCUGCCCCAAUCAUGAAGGAAAUCUGAUGGAAUUUUACUGCCAAUCUUGUGAGACAGCCAUGUGCCGGGAAUGUACAGAAGGGGAACAUGCAGAACAUCCCACAGUACCUCUCAAGGAUGUAGUAGAACAACAUAAGGCUUCUCUUCAAGCACAGUUAGAUGCUGUCAACAAAAGGCUUCCUGAGAUAGACACUGCACUUCAUUUCAUAUCUGAAAUUAUACAUCAGCUCACAAACCAAAAGACCAGCAUCGUAGAUGAAAUCCAUUCCACUUUUGAUGAACUCCAGAAGACUUUGAAUGUCCGUAAGAGUGUGCUGCUUAUGGAACUCGAAGUGAAUUACGGCCUUAAACAUAAAGUCCUGCAGACUCAGCUUGAUACCCUGCUGGAAGGACAGGAAAAUAUUAAGAGUUGCAGCAAUUUUACCGCCCAAUCCCUCAACCAUGGCACUGAAACUGAAGUCUUGCUAGUGAAGAAACAAAUGAGUGACAAGCUGAAUGAGCUGGCUGUGCGCGAUUUUCCAUUACAGCCCCGUGAGAAUGAUCAACUGGACUUCAUAGUGGAAACGGAAGGGCUGAAGAAGUCAAUUCAUAAUCUUGGUACUAUUUUAACCACAAAUGCUGUUGCCUCUGAGACAGUGGCCACAGGUGAAGGACUAAGGCACACUGUGCUUGGACAGCCUAUGUCAGUCACCAUCACGACCAAGGACAAGGAUGGAGAGCUCUGCAAAACUGGAAACGCUUACCUCACUGCUGAGCUAAGCACACCUGAUGGGAGUGUGGCUGAUGGAGAAAUACUUGACAAUAAAAAUGGCACUUACGAAUUUUUGUAUACUGUCCAGAAAGAGGGGGACUUCACUCUCUCAUUGAGACUCUAUGAUCAGCAUAUUAGGGGCAGCCCAUUCAAACUCAAGGUGAUCAGGUCGGCCGAUGUGUCUCCUACAACUGAAGGAGUCAAGCGGCGUGUUAAGUCUCCUGGCAGUGGCCAUGUGAAGCAGAAGGCUGUGAAAAGACCAGCUAGUAUGUAUAGCACUGGCAAAAGGAAAGAGAACCCCAUUGAAGAUGAUCUGAUCUUCAGAGUAGGUACCAAAGGGAGAAACAAAGGGGAAUUUACAAAUCUUCAGGGAGUAGCUGCAUCUACAAAUGGAAAAAUAUUAAUAGCAGACAGCAAUAAUCAGUGUGUACAGAUGUUUUCUACUGACGGCCAGUUCAAGAGUCGCUUUGGUAUUCGGGGAAGGUCUCCGGGUCAGUUACAGCGGCCUACAGGAGUGGCUGUGCAUCCUUGUGGUGACAUCAUCAUUGCUGACUAUGAUAACAAAUGGGUUAGCAUAUUCUCCUCUGAUGGAAAAUUUAAGACAAAAAUUGGAUCUGGAAAACUUAUGGGACCGAAAGGUGUUUCUGUGGAUCGCAAUGGGCAUAUCAUUGUAGUGGACAACAAAGCAUGUUGUGUCUUUAUCUUCCAGCCGAAUGGGAAAAUAGUAACAAGGUUUGGAAGUCGUGGCAAUGGAGACAAACAGUUUGCAGGCCCUCAUUUUGCAGCUGUCAACCACAAUAAUGAAAUUAUUAUCACGGAUUUCCACAAUCACUCUGUCAAGGUAUUUAACCAGGAAGGUGAAUUCAUGUUGAAGUUUGGAUCAAAUGGAGAAGGAAAUGGGCAGUUCAAUGCACCAACAGGAGUAGCUGUAGAUUCUAAUGGAAAUAUUAUUGUAGCAGACUGGGGAAACAGUCGAAUACAGGUUUUUGAUGGAAGUGGAUCCUUUUUGUCCUAUAUAAAUACAUCUGCAGAUCCACUUUAUGGUCCACAAGGCUUGGCCCUAACUUCGGAUGGUCAUGUUGUCGUUGCAGACUCUGGCAACCACUGCUUCAAAGUCUAUCGAUACUUACAGUAACAGCUGGAUCUGGAUCAUGCUUAAGAAGUUACUAGUCUCUGAGGGCCAAUGUAUAUCUUUGCAUAAGAUGUCUACUUCUUAACAAUUUCAAUUUUAAUACUGAAGGAAUCUCCAGUUUUGUGUUUUAUUUUCAAACCUACCUUGUUUACAUAGGACAUGCACUUCAUAUGUUCCACACUGAACUUGUCUAAAAUUCACAGACCCUGAAUUCACAGACAGUGGACUAGACAUAUGAACUGUGGCUUGUCGAUCAGGCAUUUAUGUAAUUGACUAAUUUUUGUGAGGGAAGAAUUUAAACAGCUGAAUGAUUUAAAGGGGUUAAUUUUACAUAUGAAUGGGAGCGCUUGUUUAAAGCGUCCACAUUUGAAAAUUGUUUCUGUUAAGCUUUAUUUAACCCAGCAAGAAGUCUGGGAGUCCUCUAGAAUGAUCACAUUGUUAUAGUAAGUAUGACACCUGUAACAUUCUUCAAUAACUGUAAUAAGUAGGUUUUUUUUAGUAAUUAAAGAGAUAUGGUCUUUCAAAACAGUUCUUGUACCAGCUGUCAGACCGAACACCGCUUAACUUUUAGCACUACAAGAAUCAAUGCAAACUUCCUGUCCUAUGUGGGACUGAUGUACAUGUUUCUCAACCUUCCUACUGCUCAUUGUGUUGUAAGAGUUUUCCAGAAACCUGACUUCUAAAGCUUUAGAAAUACACUCGUAUAGGUUACUGUUGACACUCUGUAGAAUCAAACUCUUAUUAAGAUCCAACUGAUUAAUUAGGUGACUGUUAUGUCAGCUCAACUAGCUUCACUUCAUGCUUGUCCUUGCUAUGGUUUGUGAAAGCAGUCCAUUUUGUCCAACCACACAUUUUCACACCAGAUAAUAAGCCACACAGGUACCUGUUAGAGGACACAACUUAUACAACCAAAAGAGGUUUAGUAGUUGACAAAACAUGUUUUCUAAAAACCAAGGGUGACCAAAACAGGACUUAUGAAUUGCAAAAUUGUUAUUAAGCAUAACAAAAACAAAUUAAGAAAGGGAGGCAAAUCUUGCAAGUGAGAGAGAGUUGUAAAUAAGGAUUUCAAAACCAGUUCAUAAACGACUCCUUCCUAUGUAUCUGUAAUAUGAAAACAAAGAAUGAGGAAUGCAAAUGUGGAUGAUUUGAGUACACAUGAUUUGAGUACACAUGGAUAGGUAUAACUCUCUUGUGUGGGAAAAGUCUUGCUCCCUCUCCCUCAUUGUACAAGUCUGGUAACUCAAAAUUGUAUUUACAUCAGUUCUCACUUCUUCUUUUGUUCUUUUCCAAUAAUACAAAGGAGAAUUAAUUCUGAACGCAUUUUAUAUCAAGUGAAAAAAAAUCCACAGCUGAUAGCAACAUGGGGUCAUGUACCACCUUCCAGCCUUGUGUAAGAAGACAUUGGCCAGUAUGCUUUUGGUAUCUAAAAUAAUUUUACAUUUCUUCUUGGCCUUUGGUUUGUUUGGCCAGGGUGGCAUCUUACUAUCUGCCAGCCUGCAGAACUGAUGUCGAUUUUAAAAAUACACUUAUGUUUAUCUCUCCUUGCAUUUUUUUAAUGGGUAGAUUUCAAUAUCUUCCUAAAAUAAUGAUCCAACAAGAAAACUUUCAAAAAACAAAGAUAAUUAACUAGCUGGUCUAUAACAUAGUAGCUAGAAAACAGGUAAGUCAUACUAAACUAAGGGAAAUGAGCAGUUUUUACUGCUUAUGUUGCAUCUCUGUUAGAAUAGCAGGGUAACUUUAUAUAUUGCUACAAAAUAAUUCUCUUAAAAGAAUACCUGGAAUCUAAUUGUAUGGUUCCUGGUGAACAAAAAUGUGUCUGUAACAGCAGUAGGUGCUAGACACAGUUAGUCUUAGACACUGAACCACCUUGAAAGCUAUUUAAAUUUUGUGAGAAAAUCCUAUUUAUAAUUUUAUGUGUAUUUAUUAACCAUGUAAACAAACAAAAACCCCUAAGCUGUCUAGUAAUAGUUAUUGAAUUCUAAUGUAAAGGAACUCACAAACUGUUAAGUAUGUUAUUACUAUAGACUUGAUUCAAGGCACAUUGUCAAAUAAAUCUGGCUUAAAAUUAUUAGAUGCUUAAGCUUUCAUAAAGAUGUUUGUGUGACAAAAAGAAAUAUUCACUCUAAUUAAGAAAGGGCACUGAGCCAAAUCCUACAAUGUUCCUAAACAGGAAUUAGGAGCACCGUCCAUCAGGGAAGCUUUUGUCUUGCCUCCAGGGAAAGACCUGUGCUCUUGUGUAUGCCUGCUCAUUUCAGUGGAACUUGUGUGGAAGCAGUGAUAAGUUGUGUAAGGGAAACAUCAGAACCCAAAUUGUUAUAAAUUGACAUGUGGAAACCAUUUCAUGCAUGCAGACAUGUCCAUGCAUUCCUUAACAUACUUUCCAAAAAUAAUUGUUUCUUAAUUCUAGUAAACAAUAUCUUAGUAAUGCUGUAUGAACUGUGCUACCUUGACUCAAAUUUGAAUUAUUGCUUCUUUCCUUUACAACAAAGCUAACACGUUAAGGGUGAUGUGGCCUACCCCACCCCACCCCACCCAUACCUUUAGAUCCUGAUUCUUCCUUAAUGAACUGAGGCUUUGAACUAACAAACUGAAAAUCUGUUGGUGAUGCUAUUGUAAAUUGAUACUAGUUUGGAGCCCUGUUGAGCUGCAGAUCCUUGCUAGAUGCUGUUGAAUGCUCAGACAUAUUGGUCAAGGGGCACAGAGCAAAAAAAGCAGUUAUCAUUUGAACACUAGCUAGCAAGAAACCCUUUUGAUUAAAGAUUACCAAAAACACCAACAACUGCAGAAGAGUAACACUAAAAAAGACUUAUUUUUGGUCCAGCCAAGCAUUUAUAGAAUGAGGGCAUUUUCUUUACUAAUACCUAGGUACAUGCAGGUUAGAUCCAAACCUGCUAUACUGCCAAACCCAUAGGUCCAAUCUGUAUCACAUCUGUACUGCAAGCUUAAAAUAGAUUUAACAGUCACAAGUUGCCCAAAGGAACCUUGGUAAUUGUAGUUUAGUUUUGCAAUCAAGAGAUUCCCUUUGUGUCAAGUGGUCUCAAAGGAAGAAUCAUGAGUGGUAACACAUUAAGAGCAGUGCAGGUAUAUGUGUAUGUUUAUUUAAAGCAAACGCUGGAAAUAAGCCUAAAAAUAUUGUCUAGUAUUGGUUCAUUUUUGGAUAAAUUAGUAAGCUGUAUAUUUAAGGGGUUUUUUUUAAACUGUAAAAAACAACAACUGUUAAAUACAAGUGAAAUUUUUACACUGAAGUUUCAGCAAAGUAACAAGAAAAAUGUUGUCUAAUAUAGUUAACCUUUGGAAACAUUACAGGGCUUUCAACUUUACAGUUAACUUUUCUCUGAUAAUUAAGGAUCUAGUGUUGCCAUAAUGAAAACAAGUGCCCAUUAUGUUAUGCUUGUUGUGUGAGGAAAUGUGUUUUGUUUUAUGGUUGACAGCAAGAUGCAGUCAUCGUGUCCACUGAAAAUGCUGUUGAAAAUGAACUGUGAGCAAUGAUUUAAAAGGCUUGUGUUUGAGAAUGUAUGGAAGAUGUUUGUACCCUAGUGUAGGAUGAUUCCAAAAUGGUGGUAGUUUCUGAUGAAUGUAAAACAUUUAAAUGGAUGUUUGUGAGCAACACAGCCUUAACCCUGAUGGUUUGCUUUUUUUGCUUUAUGACAUGGGAAUGUUCCAUAAUGUGCAUCGUGUAUAGUAAUAUCCCUGCACUAGAAACGGAAAUGUGUAAUGUGUUAUACCUUUUCCAGUCCUUGGAAUGAAUGAUAUUUUUUUUUAACAUUCCAUCUUUGUAAGCCGGUUUCGUACGUUUUGUGUAAGGAAUGCUAUAAAGUCUUACACUCUCUGAAGAAUCAUGCUGAAGUAUCUUCAUCAUCCCCCACCCCACACAGUCUUGCACCCUCUCCUGUUUCAAGAAAUAUCAACUCUGUCUAGUUAAGGCUGAGGAUGAACGCUGUGAACUGAAGAGUGUUUGUGUGUAGGUUUAGCUUCAUGUGUGCCAUAGUAUCUUUGAUGCUUUAUCUUACAAAGAAAAAACUGACUUUGUGUUGGAAUGAUAGGGAAAUCCAAUCUGUAUCUUUUACCAUGCACAACCCCCAAUGAUAAAACAAUAAAGGUUGUUUCCUCUUA